CAAGAAAACUUCCAGCAGUCUUCUGUUAAAAAAGAAUUUUAAGCUUGUCUUUUUAGAUUAUGAUUCCUAAGCAGUUUAAGAUAAUACUAUCAUAAGUUAUUUUUAUGGCUGUAAAACGAUAGAAAAUAAACUCAUCUUCACACAGAAUUAUUGCUUUUGUCUGAAUGGAGACUGUUUUAAAGUUUUUACAAUUUAAUAUGUUUUUAAAGAAGUGACUAUUUUAUAUGGAUAAUUAAGAUGAAUUUAUAUACCUGGAGAAGUUCUGUUGCUCUCUUAGUAAUUCCGUACAUGAUAUUACAGGCAUGCGACUGUUUACUCACAGAUCAUUCCACAGAAGAAAUUGUGAUUCCGUACAUUGUAGAUAGUGAUGGAAGUUUUGUCUCUCAUGAACUAAGUCAUCAUGUUCGUCAUAAACGAAGUUCGCCAUCAUCCUCGUCAUUCCCAUACUUAUAUGUAAACAUCACUGGCUUCGGUCAGACAUUCCACAUUGAUCUUAAGGAAGAGAAAGAACUUUUAGCACCUGGAUUCAAGGUGUAUCAUCGGCAGAACAAUGUCAAUUCUCACAAGGAAACGUUCGUUAGAUCUCAGGAGAAACCGUGGGAUGAAACUCGAUGUCAUUUCUCCGGUAAAGUUCGAUCUCAUCAUCAUGGUACUGCAGCUCUUUCUGUCUGUGAUGGAAUGCGAGGUAUCAUUAGAACAGCAGAUGAAGAUUACAUCAUUGAACCUCAUAAAAGUCAUAAGGUCAAAGGUCAAGGUCAACCACAUAAAAUGUAUAAAAGAUCAUCAUUAAACCAGAAACAGUAUUACGACAGCAGGUCCAGUAGACAUAAAGACAAUUCAUAUUCAUCAGAUUCAAAUCAUGAAAGCAGCAUUAAUAAAAGAUCAUUAAAGUCAGAUAAUAACAGAAAUAAACGGAAGGAUCCCCUAGCAGACAGGACUGUGGAAACAUUAGUUGUAGCUGAUAAAAAUUUGUACCAAAAACAUGGAGACCAAAAUAUAACAACUUAUACACUCACUUUGUUUAAUAUGGUUGCUGAGUUGUUCAGGGACAGGAGUCUUGGGAAUAAAGUCAGUAUAGUACUAGUUGGACUUAUUAUUCUGGAGGGAGAUGAGCCAGGAUUAACCAUUGGAUAUCAUGCAGAUAAGACACUGAAUAGUUUUUGUUCAUGGCAAGCUGUACUAGAGGGGGACAGGGGCAGACAACAUGACCAUGCUAUACUGAUGACAGGGAUGGAUCUAUGUUCUUAUAAAAACUCACCAUGUGAUACUCUAGGGUUUGCACCAAUAGAAGGCAUGUGUAACCGUGUGAGAAGUUGUACCAUCAAUGAAGAUACUGGUCUGACAACAGCAUUUACUAUAGCUCAUGAGAUGGGACACAAUUUUGGAAUGUUCCAUGAUGGAGAGGGUAACUACUGUUCACAGUCUGCUGGUAAAUUGAUGUCACCUACCCUUGUUAGUAAAGAUGGAUUGUUCCAAUGGUCAAUAUGUAGUAAAGCCUACCUUAUGAGAUUUUUGAAUACACCACAAGCACAGUGUUUGUCUAACCAGUCUAAGAAUGUAGCAGAGUUAUCUUUUCCUGACAAGUUACCAGGAGAGCUGUAUGAUGCUGAUAUGCAGUGUAAAUGGCAGUUUGGUGAUAAAGCCAAGCUUUGUGGUUAUGAUUUUGGAAAGGAUAUCUGUAAGUCCCUGUGGUGUUUCAGAGGAAGACAACGAUGUGAGACAAAGUUUUUACCAGCCGCUGAGGGAACAUCUUGUGGUCAUGGUAGGUGGUGCCGCCAAGGUGCAUGUGUAAAGUUUGGACAGCAUGGUCCUAGUCCUGUAGAUGGUGGAUGGUCUGAGUGGUCAGUAUGGUCAGAAUGUUCCCGGUCUUGUGGUGGUGGUGUGACCAAGAGAGAAAGACAAUGUAACAAGCCAUUACCUCAGUAUGGUGGUAUGCCAUGCCAGGGAGAUGAUAAAGUUUACAAAAUGUGUAAUGUAAAAGUGUGUCCUGAUGGUGACGGUGAUUUUUAUGAUGUACAGUGUACGUCUUACAACAAAGAGCCCUACAGAGGAUGGUACCUCAAAUGGAAACCUAAUCAUAAACUUUAUGACUUUAAUGAGCCAUGUAUUCUCCAUUGCUAUGCUGAGACCUAUAGUUAUGUGUUUAACAUCAAACACACGGCUGUCGAUGGUAUGAAGUGUAUGGAUAAAAACAACCUGUGUAUCAAUGGUGUAUGCAAGCCAAUAGGAUGUGACUGGAUUGUUGGUUCUAAUGCCUCUAAUGAUAUUUGUGGAGUCUGUAGGGGAGACAACUCUACAUGUAGAAUAUUAAGUGGGGAAUAUACAGAGCAACCUAAACUAAACACUUAUUUCCCAAUAGCUGUAUUGCCUAAAACAGCCAGAUCCAUAAAAAUUAAAGAAAAUGCCUUAUCAUCAAACUAUCUAUCCAUACGUGAUAUAUUUGGUAAAUAUUUACUGAAUGGUGAACAUCGUGUUGCAUGGCCUGGUGAAUAUAAGAUAGGAGGAGCUAAAUUUUACUACAGUCGACCGUACAAUGAACCAGAGACUCUGACUUGUGAUGGACCACUUACAGAGGACUUAGUUUUAGAGAUUCUAGUGCAAGACAAAAAUCCUGGAAUAAGUUAUGAAUAUGCAUUACCUAUAGAUCAACAUGAGAAGUUAACAACUAGAAGAUCUGAUAUGUAUUCUUGGAGUAUAUCUGUGACUGCAUGCUCGGAGCCUUGUGCUGGAGGUAGUAAAACCGUGUCAGCUUUUUGUCGUAGAAACCAUUAUGAAGAAGUAGAUCCAGCGUACUGUGAUUCAAAGUCCAAACCAGAGACUGGAAUCUUCUCAUGUAACCAGAAUCCUUGUCCUCCUAGAUGGGUGCCAGAAGGAUGGAGAGAGUGCACCAAGAAAUGUGGAGGAGGUAAACAGAAGAGAAAGAUCAUGUGUCGGCAGAAACAUUCAAUGUCAAUAGAUAAAGCUGUCAAGAGAAAAUUCUGUAGAAAUCUACCUAAACCAAUUAAAAAGAGGCCUUGUAACAGUCAUGCAUGUCCUCCUAGAUGGUUUAAAGGCAAAUGGUCAAAGUGUUCUGUGAGUUGUGGAGAAGGUAUAUGGUCAAGGAAGGUGGUCUGUAAAAGUAAAGGGGUCAAAGGGGUUAGAGGUAACAACAUAAUACCAGACGACAGUUGUCGUGGCAACAAACCUAACAUUACAGAACCCUGUAAGAAAGAGGAAUGUCCACCAGAAGAUCAUUUUGAAUGGCAUUUGUCACCAUGGGGACCAUGUUCUCAAACCUGUGGAGACGGUUCAAGAUCACGGUACCUGAGAUGUAAACAAAUCAUUGGUGAUAAAGUUCAAGAGUUGUCCAGUAACAGGAUGUGCUUUGGCUUAGACAAACCUGAUGUUGCCAUGGUAGAAUCAUGCCACCUUAUGCCAUGUCCUGCAGCUUAUGUCUGGUUGCCACAGUGGCAUUCAAUGCCAUGGUCACAGUGUUCUGUUAGUUGUGGAGAAGGAGAACAGAGACGUCAAGUUCGUUGUUUGAACAUAAGAAAUGAAGAUACUGUAGGAUGUGAAAUAGAUAAACGACCUUCAGCCUCUCAAACCUGUAAAUUACAACCAUGUAAACAGAAAGAAGUUUAUCGUAGUCCAGUUUGUGAAGAUAAGUAUCCUUGGUGUCAUCUAGUACGAGAACAUAAUGUAUGUCGUCAUCAUUUCUAUGGGAGUAAUUGUUGUAAAACUUGUCAUGGUAUAGCGGUCAAAUAUCGUACAUAAUGUGUGUCUUCAUCAUUUCUAUGGCAGUAGCUGUUGUAAACUUGUCCAGUUAACUACAUAAUUAGUGUUGACAUCAGGUAUGAGAAUCCACAAUGUGUGUGUAAUUUCUAUGGGAGUAACUGUGUUAAAAACUUUUCCUGGAAAACUUGCCAGUUAAAAACAUAACAUGGCAUGGGGUACGAGAACACACAAUGUGUGUCAACAUAAUGUGUAUUGAAGUUAUUGUUGAAACUUGUCAUGAAAUUUCUAUCAUGUUCCGUACAUAAUAUUUGUUGAAAAAUAGCUAUAGAAGUUACUGUUGUUUAACCUUAUCAUCACAGAGCUGUCAGAUAAAAUGAAAAUGUGCUGCAACAUCACAGGGGAAGUAACUGUUGUAAAAAAAAACUUAUCAUGGAAUAAUAUCAUCUUCAAGUAUCAUAUACUAAGUACAUCAGCAUAAUUUCUAUCACACUAAUUCUAGUAAAGCAUCAUUUGUCCAAUAAUAUUUACAUUGUGGCCUAUGAUCUCAUGAUGAUUUAGUAAUCUUAAUCUCACUCAUUAACCACAUUUUGUAGUAAAUGUGAUUGUACAUAUUGAUGAAGAUUGUAUUUUAUUACGAUGAAAAAAUUAGUAAAUAUUAUUUCAUUUGUCAUAAUUCACUUGUAUUCCUUACCUGAAUGUAUUUAACUUUCAAGUUUUUGAUUUUGUAUAAUUAUGUAAGUUGAAUUUCAUUUUAAGAUGUAUCAUUAAAAUGAUCAGUAUGAAGCAUUCAUUCAUGUUUAAUUGUCUCUCAAAUAUGUAAUUUAUUUUGUACUUUCUCUCAAUAUUUUCUCAGUGCAUUGUGAUUUAUUGUACAGAACUGUAUACUAUAUAUGUGUUAUAUAUACUUUGCUUAGGACCAUUUAAUUGAAACUUUUCAUUCAUUCAUGGUGUAAUAUUAAACAAGGCCACAUUUGAAUAUGCAAAUGAUUUUAGGUACCCCUGCUACUUUUCAUUUAAGAAGCACUUAAAAUCUGGUUUGUUUUUUAACUUAUUUAUUAAGGAUAUUUACUGAAAUCUGAAUUUUCACUUUAGGUGAAUUUGGCUAUUUGUUUAGGUCCCUUUGAGUGAUAAACUAUAUACAUGUCUAGGUCCCUUUUGGUAAUAGCCCUUUAUAUGUUUAGGUCUUAUACAUCCUUGGCGUUCAAAUGUUUUGGUUUAAAAUAUCCUAAUGAAGACCAAUCUAGAAAAGUUGCUUUGGGCAAAAGCAAUUGUAAAAGUGUUAUUUUCAUGUUAGUGCUACAUAUUUGAAUAAGCUUUUUAUAACAAUAUUCAUGUGUCAGUCCUUCAGUUUUCUGCAAACCAUAAAUUCUUGUCAUAUUGUAUGCUUUAUGAUGUCAUCAAAUGAUUACUGGGUAUUUGUACUAUAAAUAAUUUACAUUACAUCUAAGAUGAAAAAUGGACCAAAUAUUAUGAUGAGGGUAUUUACAAUGAUUGAAUA